CCCGCCCGCGGCGCCGGGAAGUCCGGCGUCCUGGGCGGUCGGGGUCCCGCGGAGCCAGCAGGCAGACCCGGCACCAUGGACGCUCUUUCCGAAGCAAAUGGCACCUUUGCCCUCCGCCUUUUAAAGAUACUAUGUCAAGAUGACCCUUCACGCAACGUGUUUUACUCUCCUGUGAGCAUCUCCUCUGCCCUGGCCAUGCUCUUCCUGGGGGCAAAAGGAGACACCGCUGCCCAGGUAGCCCAGGUGCUUUCUUUAAACACAGAGAAAGACUUUCACGAGGAUUUCCAGGCACUUCUCACCGAGCUGAACAAGCCUGCCACUCAGUACUUGCUCAGAACGGCCAACAGGCUUUUUGGAGAGAAGACUUGUGAAUUUCUCUCUGCCUUCAAGGAAUCCUGCCUGCGGUUCUACCACGCUGAGCUGGAGCAGGUCUCCUUUGCCAAAGCUGCAGAGCAGUCCAGGAAACAGAUAAAUGCUUGGGUCUCAAGAAAGACUGAAGGUAAAAUCCCGGAGCUGCUGCCGGGUAACUCGGUUGACGCGCAGACCAGGCUGGUUCUCGUCAACGCCGUCUACUUCAGAGGAAGGUGGAACGAGGAAUUCAACAGGACGUACACAAGGGAGAUGCCUUUUAGAGUCAACCAGAAGGAGCGAAGGCCGGUGCAGAUGAUGUUCCAGGAGGGCACGUUUAGACUCGCCCGCGUGGAGGAGGUGCAGGCCCAGGUGUUGGAGCUGCCCUACGCUGGCGAGGAGCUCAGCAUGCUCAUCCUGCUCCCCGACGACCACGUGGCCCUGAGCUCGGUGGAAAAACAUCUCACUUUUGAGAAAUUCCUCGCCUGGACCCAGCCAGACUGCAUGAAGAGCACAGAAGUGGAAGUUCUCCUCCCGAGAUUUAAACUGGAGGAGUCUUAUGACAUGGGGUCCGUGCUCCAGGGUCUGGGGGUGGUUGACGCCUUCCAGGAGGGCAGGGCUGACCUCUCGGCCAUGUCGGCCGACAGAGGCCUGUGUCUGUCCAGGUUUGUGCACAAGAGUUUGGUGGAGGUGAACGAGGAGGGCACGGAGGCCGCGGCCGCUUCGGCCAUGAUCGUGGUGGAGUGUUGCAUGGAGUUUGGACCCAGGUUCUGUGCCGACCACCCCUUCCUGUUCUUCAUCAGGCACAACAAAGCCAACAGCAUCCUCUUCUGCGGCAGGUUUUCCUCCCCGUAGGGGACGCGAAGGCGGGAGUCACGGUCCUCUGAGCCCUGAGCUCUAGUGCCUGUGGCAGCAGUAGGCAGCUUUGAGGACAGCCACGCUGGACUAGGGGAUGCCCUCAGACUGAUCGUGGGACCCCUGGUAGGCGUCACACCUUUCUUCCUGUUACUGUAUUUCUCUACCUCCAGCUCUAAUGGUAAAAAUUCCAUCCAACCCUUAAAGCUCAUUCCCAAUGUCGUUGUCUUAGAGAAGUGUUUCCUUUUUGGCACAACCAGACAUGUGUCUUUGAACUUUCUCUGCACCCUGAUGGGGGCAUGUCUCUUGUGGUAGUUGCUUCAGUUAUGAACCAUCUGAUUCUCCAGCUGGGCUUUAAGUUCGUUAGUGGUUGGGACUGUGUUUUACACAUUGUGUGCCACUCCCAGUGCACGGGUAAACAGCUUGAUCGUUGAUGAGGUCUGUGA